GUGAACAAAUAUCACAAACUUCGUUCUUCCUUAAAUCUUUAUAUUCACUUAUCCACAAAAUGAAAGUCUCAAUCAUAUCAGCCGCCAUGGUUUCACUUGCAGCUACUAUAAUCGCAAUGCCCCAUCCGAGCAGUCCCGAGUCCGACGACAAUAAAUUGAUGACUCGUAACUUGCCUCAAGAUUCAAGUCUUGAACGUCGUACCUCAUCUGUUCAAGGAGACAAAGCGAAACCCAAAGAAAUUGAAGAGAAGUGGUGGGGCGGGAGUGCUAUGCCUAUGCCUUAUCGGCAUCGCCCAGGUAAUUAGAUGUACGUUGGUGGAUGCAGCAGACGUAAGUUUUUUUUUUUUUUUUUGAGUUGUUCCACAUCGUUUGCUCAUCCUUUAGAGUUUUUUGCCACUGGCAUGGCUAUACGAAUUGUGGAUUUGUUCCUCAAUGUUAAACUGGGCUUCUUUCAACUACAAUCUUUGUGAAUCAAAACCCUUGCACGCUGGCAACUUUGGUCGGAUAUAGAAGCAAAGAUGCAAUCCGUAAUG